UCCAAUAAUCAGCACGACAGUCUGCGCAGUUGUAAAUCCACUGCGCCACGGAUGAUUUUGUGUAAACUGCGCGCUUGACUUUUCGUGUUUUUGCGCUAAUUGGAUUAAUAAACAAUGUAACCGAACGCUUUCACCAUGAAUCCUCAUUGCGCGCGCUGCGGGAAAAUUGUCUACGCCACUGAGAAAGUGAACUGUCUGGACAAGUACUGGCACAAAGGAUGCUUCCACUGUGAGGUGUGCAAAAUGACCCUGAACAUGAACAACUACAAAGGAUAUGAGAAGAAACCUUACUGCAAUUCGUAUGUGCAUCUUUGGCACUACCCAAAGCAGACGUUCACGAUCGUAACAGAUACACCGGAGAACCUGAGGCUGAGGCAGCAGUCUGAGCUGCAGAGUCAGGUGAAGUACAGGAAGGAUUUUGAAGAGAGCAAGGGCCGUGGGCUCCGAUUUCUUGUAGACACACCUGAAGUGCAGAGACUGAAGACAGCCCAGGAGCAGAUUAGUAACGUUAAAUAUCAUAAGGAUUUUGACAUGCCAGGGUCACACGCUGUCACUCAGGGCAUCAGAGGAACUUAUCUGGUACGAGCGCAGACGAGACCCGAGCAUCAGACACUGCAGGGGAGCUACGCCACACACAGAGGUGUGAAUCAGUACACCAUGGAAAUGGAUAGGAGGCCAGGAGUCAUUGUGGCGCCUGUGCUUCCCGGAGCUUAUUACCCUAGCGGAUAUAAUCAGGGUCACAGCUACAUGCAUCAGACCAGCAUGCACUCCCUCCGGUCCAUGCAGCUGCAGUCGCAUCCAGCAGCCAUGAGUGUGUACAGGGCUUUGUACGACUACACGGCUCAGGAUUGUGACGAGGUGUCGUUCCGGGACGGCGAUCUGAUCCACAACGUGCACCCCAUUGAUGAUGGUUGGAUGUUUGGUACGGUGCAGAGGACAGGCCGCUCGGGCAUGUUGCCUGCUAACUACGUGGAAGGCAUCCGCUAACCUGCGAUAGCUUACAGAGGUUUAGAUUAAAUCUAUUCACUGCAGAAUUUGUUGGGACCAAGUACCUGUACAUAGACAGAAGUAGGCCUCUAUUUUAGUAGUACAGUAAAUGAUUAACGUUUUUAAUAGUAAGGUUUCAUUUUCUUACUCUGUCUAAUAUUAGAUAGUGAACGAAUGCAUGGUUUUGUACGUAGACUGAAAACACAAGGUUUCAACUUAGUUGAAGAAAUAGUUGAAGCAUUAAAGCAAUAAGAAAACUCAUGGGUGUGUCUCAGAGUCCAUAUAUGGGCUUAAAGACACACCCACUGAUCUGCAAAUAAAUCAUUUCGAAUAAAAGAGGUUAAAAAAUGUCCCUUCAGGCAUUUCAGUCCCUCCAGGAUUUCGACAUUGAAGAAAUUAACACAAAACCAAGUAAACAACAUAAUAAAAGCCUUUUUCCAUUCACAUUCGAACAGGAGUACUAUAGACUAUCAGAAUCUAAUUACACAUGUAUUUAUUGAUAGGGAUUUAAAAGGAUAAUCAUGUGCUUUGCAAGUUCUCAAAUUUUGAGAACAUUUUCAACAAUCAAUAUCAAGAAUAACAAAAAAAAAAAAAAACACAACAACAAAAUCCCAUCCAGAGAGAAUAGUGCAACAGGCAUAUUUAAUAUAAACACAUCCCUAUUUUAUAUAACAUUUACAGCAUUUAUCAGACACUCUUAUCCAGAGUGACUUACAUUUAUAUUUCAGUUUAUACACCUGAGCUAUUGAGGGUUAAGGGCCUUGCUCAGGGGCCCUGCAGAGGC